UUGCCUGGCUUUAUUAUUGUAUAACAUUUUUAACAUAGUAUUUUUGUAUAUAUAAUAUUAUUAUUGUUGUACAUCAGUGGAGGACUUAAACGAAAAUAAAGUGGACAUAAAAUAAAAGGUUUCCUUUGAAAGGGGAGGAGUUUGACCUUUGACCUUUGAGCAGCUGGCGAGGGAGCAGCUGAGAGACUGAGAGUCAAACUGUGAUCUGUCCUCCUCCGUCCAGCAGACCGACUACAACAUGGACAAAGUGCAGAGUGUGGACGACCUGUUCAACCCCAGCUUGGCCGCCGCGCUCAUCAAACUGGACCCGAAGGACGGCGAGCAGAUCGUGGACUACUUGAGGACUCAGGCGCUGCUGGUCAGAGAGAAACAGCUGCUGCAGACGUCCGUCAGAGACCAGAAGAAGCUGCUGGUGGAGAACGGGAAGCUGAAGAAAGACAUCGAGCAGCUGAGGACUCAGCUGCAGGACAAACAGAGGAGACGCACCGCGAAAGCUUUGCUCUCCCCGGCCCCGCCUCCUCCACCUUCUAGCUCCGCCCACACCUCACCUGUCACUCCACCUGCUGGAGAAGCGGCAGCUCCUCCCCCCUGCUCACAUGACCAUAGAGAGAGACGGGGCCGGAGGAGGAGAGGAGAGAGGAAAGGUGAGAGCAGGGAGGAAGGCGGCCUGGUCGUGUUGCUGUGCAACGUCAAGGCCCGUAAGGUGAGGGGCGUGGUCUCCCAGGCCCGCCUCCUAUGUUGCUCCGCCCCUGACGGCCGCAGAGAGCCAUUGGCCCCGCCCACGGGCUCCAGCCCCGGGGACAGAAUCACCUUUCUCAACUACCCCGGUGAGCCGGACCGGGUGCUGCAGUCCAGGGACAGGAUCUGGCAGCUCCUUCAGCCCGACCUGCAGGUGGACUCGAGGGGCGUGGCCAACUACAAAGGCCGUGGGUUCGAGGUGAGGGGGAAGGGUCUGUGCCGGGCCCCCUCCCUCACCAACGCCGUCAUUGGGUAGACUCCCCGUUACGAGUUCUGGUUUUUAGUUGUGAAAGUAAUCGGUUAACUGGUUAGCAGCCUAGCUAGUACUGUUAGCUGACACAUGAAGAAGAAAAU